AUGUACUACCACUCGAGCUCGAUCCACAUAACUCCACGAACCCAACUCAUAAACCCCAACAACCCACGGCCUCUCCUCCAUUCCUUCUCUUCCUCUUCCUCCACCACCGUCCGCUUGCCGCCGUCCACCGUCGACAUGAGGGCUCUCAUUUCCCGCGCCAAGAUGUUCGCCGGCAGCCCUAUCCUUACUCUCACCGCCGGGAGGACGGCUUCCUCCUCGACCACCGCGUCUCGCGCCUACAGCCUAAUCCCGAUGGUAAUCGAGCACUCCUCCCGCGGCGAGAGAGCCUACGAUAUCUUCUCGAGGCUACUCAAGGAGCGGAUCGUCUGUAUUAACGGCCCCAUCAACGACGACACCGCUCACGUUGUCGUCGCUCAGCUUCUCUUCCUCGAGUCCGAGAAUCCUUCCAAGCCUAUCCAUAUGUACCUCAACUCUCCCGGCGGCCAAGUAACCGCUGGUCUUGCUAUCUACGAUACCAUGCAGUACAUAAAGUCCCCAAUCAAUACGAUUUGCCUAGGCCAAGCUGCAUCAAUGGCUUCUCUGCUUCUGGCUGCUGGAGCUAAAGGCGAGAGGAAGUCACUUCCGAAUGCAACGAUAAUGAUCCAUCAACCAUCUGGUGGGUACAGUGGGCAAGCUGCAGAUAUUUCAAUCCACACUAAGCAGAUAAUUCGUGUUUGGGAUGCAUUGAAUGAGCUGUAUUCAAAGCAUACUGGCCAGACGGUUGAUAUCAUCCAGAAGAAUAUGGACCGAGAUCAUUUCAUGACCCCUGAAGAGGCCAAGGAAUUUGGGAUCAUUGAUGAGGUGAUUGAUCAUCGACCGAUGAAUCUGGUUGCUGAUGCUGUUGCCGAGGAAGGCAAACAGAAGGGUUCAACUUCAAACUAA